AUGCCCCCGUCUAAGAGAAAAGCACGCCGCAAACCCGCCGACCUCCCAGAGUCCUCGGAGCUCGACCUUCCAGAUUCUUCCCCGUCGCGCCCUUCGGCAAAGAAGCGCAAGAAGUCCGUCACUCCCGAUCCUGAACCUGAACCCGCACCUGCGCUGGACUCAAGCGACGACACGGAAGAAGUCUCCCAGAGCGAUCUCAUCGACUCGGUCGUCUCGUACCUCCAAGUGUCCAAAGAACCCAUUGUCGCCAGAACCGAGUACUCCAAUGACAAAGUUCAGAGUAACAGUCCGCAGAAGGUGUCAGCGUACGCGAAGAUUGCCGGUCGAGACUGGACCUACUUUGUGCGCGAGCAAUCCGUCAACUUCGGGAGACCGCCCGACGACCGCCCGAACUUGAACGGUGCUUCGAGUCCUAUCGCCGAUCUGAAGGACGUAUUGCCGGUCCAUAUCGAUCUCGGUCCAAGCAAGAUUGUUUCUCGCCACCAUGCCUCGAUCUACUACGACGCGGAUUAUCCGGUGGACGAAGGUGGCUGGCACGUCCGGGUCAACGGUCGAAAUGGAGUUCGCGUCAAUAAUGUGCUCAUCAAGAAGGGUUUGAGGAAACAGAUCAAGUCUGGCGAUAUUUUGGAGAUUGCCGGGACGCAAAUGAUGUUUGUCACCCCAGGCGAUAAAGUCGAGAUCGAUCAUUACUUUAUCGAACGUGCCAAAGCGUUGGCCGCAGGCGAGGAAGUCAGUCCUGCCCAACCUCAGCCUGAAUCUGCCAACUAUGAAGUUUCGACUGGACCGGCUCAAAAUUUCCCGUCACUGGCCCCAGCUCCUCCCGAUUUCAAACGCGAAGCUACGCCGCCCGCACAAACCGCCGAUGGCAAAUCUCAGCGAGGCGUUUUCGACAGCAAGAUGCCCAUGUCGCCCAUGUAUGGCCGGGGGAUGAUGAUGGAAAGUACUCAAGAGAUCGACUACAGUCGGGACAGUGCCAAGGACCUUAAGCCGCCCUUCAGCUAUGCGACAAUGAUUGCCCAGGCUAUUUUCUCGAGUGAAGAGGAGAAGUUGACACUGAGCAACAUUUAUUCGUUCAUCGCUGAUAAGUAUGCCUUUUAUCGCCAUUCAAAUAGUGGCUGGCAGAAUUCCAUCCGACACAAUCUCUCGCUGAAUAAAGCAUUUCAAAAAGUUCCUCGGCGAACCGACGAGCCUGGAAAAGGUAUGAAAUGGCAGAUCGCCCCAGAAUUUCGUCAGGAGUAUUGGAAGAAACAAGCCCGCCGUGGAGGCUCGGCUCCGUCCUCGCCUGCUUCUGGCAAGGAAGUCAAUCCCAACUUCAGAGGACCCAACGGCCAGAACCUUGGUUAUGAUACUAGUAUGGUUAGCCAGUUCUCUGCGCGAGAUAUGUCCGACCGAGCAGGGCCUCCUUCCUCUGCCAAGUUGAGUCUCCCAUUUCCUCCCUUUAACCCAAGGCAACAACCGUAUCCGCCGAGCCCCAGUCUGGCGCCUCCCGUCUCGCAUCCUGCAGAGACUGCUACGCCUCAAAGGCGAAGAACGGACACACAAAAUACACUCCCAGAUAUGGACCUCGAAGAAUCCCCUUCGCGACAUGGCAAUGCUGCACCAACACCGCAUGUAGGUCACAAUGUGCCCAUGUAUACGCUGCCAUCCUCUAUCCCGCCUCGGCAUCACUCACCGACGAACCCCACACUUUCAUCCUCUUACCUAGACACUCCUUUCCAUCCGUCACAGCAUAGCAUAAUUACGCCGGCGCCACUGCGACAAAACCCUCGACUAGCCCCCCCAAGCACUCUGGUUGCUCCUAGCAAGUUUAUGCCAGAGUCCUCACCUGCAGGCCCUCAAGGGCUCUUCUGGAAGGGUAUCAUGGGCGCAACACCGGGCCAGCCGCUGCCUGACAUGUCACCUAUCAAGGACGAAGAUCCCCGUGCCAACGGAAUUGACAGACAUGUGAUGAGUUCGAGCCCGCCACCUAUGGAUGCCGGCUUGGGCAGUCCGAGCAAACCAGCCAGAAGUAGUCAAGCCCCCACCAGCUCAAGUUCGGCCAAGAAGAGGGACGACAGUCCUGCAAAUCCACCGAGGCUGAACGGAGCGGCAGCUGAGGAGAAUGGGAUGUUCACACGCAAUUUUCCAGGGAGUGGGAAUUCGGCGAGUGGAGUAAAUGGUCAGAUGGUUCCCGGCAGGUUCAAUACACACCUUUCCUCGAGUAGUGCGGACGCCGCGUCGCAUCACGAUGCAGAUGACGAGGAUGGUGAUGGUGGAUUUGACUUGGCCAAAGGGUUUGCACCUAUUGCAGGUGGCAGUUUCCACUCGCAAAGAAGUGGUAGCCUUGGUGUUGCGAGAGCCGGAUCGUGA